AUGAGCAGAAAAAAUCAAACUAUGAUAAGGAACCCUAAUCCUCGAAGUAAAAGAAAUGAAUUAAAUGAAGAACAAAAAUUAGAAAUUAAGGAAGCCUUUGAUUUAUUUGAUACAAACGGCACUGGAAGAAUUGAUGCAAAAGAAUUAAAAGUUGCAAUGAGAGCUUUAGGAUUUGAACCAAAAAAAGAAGAUAUAAGGAAAAUAAUAUCUGAUGUUGAUAAAGAUGGAUCAGGCACAAUUGACUUUAAUGAUUUUUUAGACAUUAUGACAAUAAAAAUGUGUGAAAGAGAUCCUAAAGAGGAAAUACUAAAAGCUUUCCGCUUAUUUGAUGAUGAUGAAACUGGAAAAAUAUCCUUCAAAAACUUAAAACGUGUAGCAAAAGAACUUGGAGAGAAUAUUACUGAUGAGGAAAUUCAAGAAAUGAUAGACGAAGCAGACAGAGAUGGAGAUGGAGAAAUUAAUGAAGAAGAAUUUAUGAGAAUUAUGAAAAAGACCAACUUAUUUUAA